GCACAGUUUUCCCCUUCACACAAGAGAACAGUAGGACGGUCGAUCUCGCUCCCUUUGCCCUGAAGCCUUGUUAUGUGUCGUAGUCUGUGCCCAUGAUGGACGCCUGAUGGAUCGGCCUGAGGGUAGAGAAUGUCAACGUCUGUGGACGCCUCGGACUCAGCACGUCCGUCUCUAGAUCUAGUCGAAAGCGGGCAGCACGACGGCCGUGAUGGCGUGCGGAAGCCUAAGAGUAAUGCUGCUACAGGAGCGUCAGCAGCAGGGAUACGGGCGCUGAGUGCUCAAUUUGUAGCAUUUUAUUUUCGAGCACCCAUGAAGGCUUUCUUCCGGGCGCGGGUGGAUUAUAUGGCGUAUGCCCGUGCCAUCAAUCCGCGAAUCCAGGCUGGGUCUUCCUGGUCGUGGCACGUCACUACUCCCGGACUCCUCGCCCACGCCGUCAAGGAACACGGAUGGUCUUUCAUUCCAAACCAGGUGCUGCCGCCUAUGCUAGCCAAUGUGACCGUCGGUGCUGUGCUGUACACAUCCUACUUGCAGUCUCUCGCCAUGCUCCAUGAGCCAUCAGCCUACGCCUCUCGGCGCGUGUAUCCACCUCCCGAUCCUUGCCACACAGUGACUGCUGGCGCCGCCGCUGGCGCAGUACAGUCGCUUGUUGCCGCGCCGCUUGACGCUUUGCAGGUUCGCUUUAAAACGAGUGAGAUGCUCGAGGGCCACUACAAAGACAUGUGGCACUACGCGUAUCAGAAGCUCAAAUCAAUCGGCCCGCAGGGCGUUUUCGCCGGGUACAGCCUUUCGCUCGUCAAGGACGCCGUUGGAUGCGCGCUCUUCUUUUCCACCUUCGAGUACGUAAAAGCUCAGAUAUACUACGGCUUUUUGACGCGCUGGUAUGGGAAGAUGGAUGCGGCGACGGUGUUCGGGUUGCAGAGGUCUGCAGACAGACACGAGGGCAAGAAGCCGAUUAUCCGACCUCAUUACAUGAUCGAGCCGACGUUCCUUCUGUUGGCCGGUGUGGGUGCAUCGGUGGCACAGCAGGUUGUUCAGCAUCCAAUCACUCGCGUCCAGGACGUCCACUAUCAACGGUUAGAGAGCAUAGACUACGCAGCGCAGCUGGAAAAUCGGAAACGCAGCAUGUUCCGACUUUAUUAUCACGCAUACGAGAAGACAUACGAGCAGUGUCGGCGGCAGGCAAGACGCGAGGGUGGUUGGAGACGAUGGCUGUACCGCGACUUUCUAUGGACGACAAUCCGACAGACGCCAAGUACGAGCGCGGGCCUGAUCGUGUUUGAGAUUGUGAGGCGGAAGUACGCCGACUCAUCGGACGUGGUGCGAAUUAGAAAGGACGGAUAUGAUAUCCUGCUCACAUAGCCGGUUAACGACAAAUGAUCCCAGGCUGGACAGCGCACUGCAGAACUGCGACAUGGAACUAGAUGUACAAUACGAAGAACGAUACCCAUAGAUCUCGACUCGAACACGAAUAGAGCAAGCUUACUAUGUCAAGCGGUACGGCCGUUGCCGAUGAGGGGUGAGUUUAGUUUCGUAGAUUCUUUUCAAAGUUGCGUGUGCGUGA